AGCGAUGUUGUUAUUUAAUAAGAAUUGUACUUUUGUAAAACAUUUUUUCUCUUGCGGUGAAGAAAACUAUAAGGCCUAUGGGCAUUUGGUGCGACAACGAACCUCCGGCUAGAUCGAAAAGUAUGGAAAAAUACGAGAAACUGAGUAAAAUUGGAGAAGGGUCUUAUGGCGUAGUUUUCAAAUGUAGGAAUCGUGAUACUGGACAAAUCGUUGCAAUAAAGAAAUUCGUCGAAUCCGAAGAUGAUCCUCUCAUAAAGAAGAUUGCUUUGCGAGAGAUUAGGAUGCUAAAGCAACUGAAACAUAACAACCUCGUUAAUUUGAUUGAAGUAUUUCGAAGAAAACGCAAACUUCAUCUUGUCUUCGAAUAUUGCGACCAUACCGUACUGAACGAACUCGACAGAAACACAAGAGGGGUUCCAGAGCAACAAGUCAAAAAGAUAAUUUGGCAAGUUCUUCAAGCCGUCAAUUUCUGUCACCAACAUAACUGCAUUCAUCGAGAUGUAAAACCAGAGAAUAUACUGAUAACAAAACACGGAGUAAUUAAGCUUUGUGACUUUGGAUUUGCAAGAAUUUUGACUGGACCUGGUGACGAUUAUACCGACUAUGUCGCAACAAGAUGGUACAGAGCGCCCGAACUGCUAGUCGGAGAUACACAAUAUGGACCUCCUGUAGACGUUUGGGCUGUCGGAUGCGUUUUUGCUGAAUUAUUAUGCGGAGCGGCAUUGUGGCCCGGAAAAUCAGAUGUAGAUCAGUUAUACCUUAUCCAAAGAACACUUGGUGACCUAAUACCUCGACACAAGCAAAUUUUCAGUACCAAUCAAUUUUUCCACGGAUUAACAAUUCCCGAACCAGAUACUAGAGUACCUCUUGAAUACAGAUUUUCAAACAUCAACGCACAAGCACUCAGUUUCAUGAAGGCUUGUUUGCAAAUGGACCCGAGCGCGCGACUGACUUGCGAAGAACUUCUUGAACACACAUACUUCGAUAGUUUCAGAGAAGAACUAGAAUCAUUGAAGGAACAGCAGCAACAACAGAUGCAUCACCAUGUGCACAGACAACACCAUAGAAGAAAAGGACGCAGAAACCAAGGGGUACAACAACAUAGAGAGUUUUUUCCCAAUCUACUUCCUCUCUUGACUGGAAGCAACACCCUGUCCAACUCAUCUUCGCCAGCACCCGAUCUCAAGCCUCAUUUAAACUACGGGAAAGAUGGAGGAGGCGCCACCUUAUCUCGCCAUAAAAUAAAAUGGGAUCACUCACGGUUUCCUAAUAUUUAACAUGAAAGACAAAAAGGGUUUUGACUGAAACUCAGAGGCUGUUUGCCCUGCGACGAGAAAGAACACGUCAAGAAACACUAGAGAGUGUUUCGGGCGUAACAGCACCAACCAAAUAUUUGUAAAGAUACAUUAUUUCUCUAUAACCCGUAAUCAUGCGCAUAUCUUUGUUUUAUUUUAUCUGUUUAUUUUGUUAUCGAACUUCACAGGGUCCUGCAUUAUCAACCAAAAAUGAUCAUCCUCUUAAUGUUGGUCGCAUUUCGAUGGUAUUUUUAUACGACCUCGAACAAGGUCCUGUACAAAUAUCAGCCACUGGUAUGUGAUGAUAUUUACAGAGCUACUAUUAUUAAAAAAGGCAAUUUUCAAGUAUUAUGCUUUCUUUCAUUUGUAGGAAAUGCCCUCAUUUGUGGUCUACAUGUAGACUGCAAAAUUAAAUAUGUUGGGAAUAUUUCAUAAACAAAUUUGGUUGCGAAUGAAUCUUCGGCAAAGCCUGCCGCGUCUCAUUCUAAAUUCUGAACCAAAUCGGGUCGAGUAUUCGUCACUUUUUACGAUAAGCAUCAGCGUAGCGGAUUACAAAGGAUUUUUUAAUAAGGCACGAUAAGUCGUAAAAUUGAAGCAUUUGCACUGAGAGUGUUUGAAGCUGUUAUAACAAUAAGAAUUUUACUUCGACCAACGCGGCAAGGUUGUUUUUGAGCUUAAAAUUUUCAUCUUCUCGUGGUAAUGCUACGUCGACGUUAAAAUGACGUUUCCAUGACUGAGUUAGCAAACAACGAGCAAGUGGUACGCUCAAAAUGUCGUCAAAAACAGUAGUGUUGCCGCAGAAACGUGGAAAUUACGAGAGCGUAGUAUAAAAAUCUGUUUUGAAAAUGCCUGCGUUUGCUCCAAUCGCGAAUGCGGUACUUAGUGCUUAUGGUCGGAUUUGCUACAGUGCGUCAUUUGCGGGUUGCUUUAUUAGACGGGUGUCCUGGCUUGGAAAUAAUGUAAAUAGGACACAUUCUAGUUAUGAGGGAAAAGCUUCCUAUUUGAUAGAGCCGUUUCGAUAAAAUAGGCAUGACAAAUAUGUCCAUUAGCGCUUGUUAUUUUAGGCAAACAUUGAAUAAUAGUUUCGAUCCAUGGACUAUGAAAACAUAUGCUACAUUAUUUGAGACGCGCCUAACCAGUUCGCUCUAUAAAGAACUUUUCUUUUGAUAAAUCAAUACAAAGCGUUAAUAUGGUUAAUGUAUCCAUGGUUAUGGUCGAUGUUUUGAUGACCGACCACUAUAACAUAUACAAUA